GGCUCCUGCCGCCAGCCAGCAAGCAAAUAUAUUACCUUGCCCCGGCUUGUUGCACAAACUGCCAUUUUCCCCCCAUUUUUUCCGCCUUAGUGUAUGUGCACAUGUGUGUGUGUGUUAGCGCGUGUGUGCUGGGGCGCGUAGGUGCUUUGUGCUAGCAAAGUGCUUUUUUGACAAACCAACAAUUACUCAAAAAAAACAAAAACAACAACAAAUAACAGUGUAUAAAGAAAAGUAAAAAAAAAAUCGUUGCAAAAAUAUUUUUUGUUGCUGUUUUUGUGUUGCGCUACCCGGCGAACGCAUAAAUAUUAAAGUUUCCAUAGCGCGGCGCAGCGCGUUUGUUGUCGUGUGCGUGCGUGCCACAUUAGUGUUGUACGACUCCUGCGCUCCACGUUCGCUCGUGCUGCUGGUCUCCUGACCUCCACCUGCCAGCCAGCUGUGAUUGAAUGUGCCGCAAUGUGCCAUUUCACUGCCGCCUGCCACAAAAUGCUGCUGAUCGCUCCCAAAUGAUGUGCAACAGUGUCAUUGCCACUGCCAUUACGCGCGCCACGGCUGUUGCUGCUGCCGCUCCCACCGCCACUGCUCGCGCUGCCACAACGAUAAACGCUACUAACACUGCCAACAACAGCAACAAUAAGAAAAAUAAUAAAAAUAUUAUAAAUAAAAGCAACAACAACGCACACAACAACAACAACAGCAACAACCAGAAGUGCCGGCUCACAUGAGCCGAGUGAGUUGGACUGCGGAACGCAACAACGUCAAGCGCGCGGCGCGCAACGUCCAAGUUUUUGCAACAACUCCCACGACAACAAUAAAACGAGAAGAGUGAUAGCGCGCGGCGGCACCACACAGCGCGCAAUCCCUGUCGUAUACAAAGUUAUUAUUAUUUUCGGGUUUACUUGUGGACUUGGUUGUUGGGGUUUCGUUGUUGCGCACAGGCGUUAGCUGCACGCUGUUGCGUUAGUUUCGUGUUGUUUUUAUUUGCGCGACAUUGUGUUUGGUCGGUGUUGAAGCGCCGCGUAUAAAAUGAAAUACAACUGUUCAUGUGAUUGCAAUUGCAGCGACCGCGCCUCGUGCAGCACCAACAUCACCGAUCGCCGUCCGAGCGAUAUAAUGGCCAAUGGUGAUUGCUAUCGCCGAUUGUCGAAUUCAUCGUCCGCAUUGUACGGCAGUUGUCCACAGCUAACGCAGCAUUGCGAUUUAAUACAGCAACAACAGCAACAACAACAACAACCACAUUGUCCACACAUCAGCGCCAGCGAACAAGUAGCGCAACAAGCGAAACAGCAUUAUCAGUCGACACAUCAGCAAACACGUCAAUACUCGAGUUUAGUACGUACCCGCCCGUCGCGCAGUCCAGUGCUUUGUCAGCGCUGUGCCGUGUGACGAAGGAAUAAUCAAGCUUGCACACAUCCCGAUAGGUCCACAGUCACUUGCGCGCUCACAUUCACCGCAGCGCGCUCGACGAAGCACAGCGCCAAAGCCGCAAAGGAGACGAAUGCAGUAGACGCGACAGCAGCAACAGCGACAUCGACUACGGCGACAGCAAAAAACGCGUCUGCCGCGAAAUCAACUUCUUUGGCAUUUGUGUCCUACAAACCAACAGCACUCACCCCGAAAAUCAAUAGAGCGCAGCAAUUGCAACAGGAAUUUACAUCGUCCAUCGCCACACCGGCCGUGACCGCGACGCGUUAUUUGUGUCAGCGCUGUAGAUACAACAAUCAACCAAUCACUUGGUGGGUCUCCUGUCCGCGUCUCUCCAAUUUGGGCUCGACUCUGAGCCUGCAACCUAGCGCCACUGCCGCAACCGACCUACAACUACAACUGCAGCGACAGCAAGCAAAAACUCCAGCGCAGCCAACACAAGCAAUACCACAGGCGCGCGUCGCCGGCAGCAACUACGAUUAUCAACACCAUCAAGAGCGUCCCUUGCCCGCGCCACCAAUAAGCAACGCAACGCGCGAAGACCCGCCCACGCCAAGUGACAGCAACAGCAGCAGCAACAUGGCCACCACAGCCACCGCAAAGAAGACCGUCACGCGCCAACAACUCUAUGGCUCCAAUCGUUGUCUGCGGCAGCAAUCAAGUGUCCAUUAUCCACUCGAUCAUGGCGGCAUGCAGCCGUCACAUGUUGGCGGUGCCAGCGGCGGCACGCUGAAACGUCAGCCAUGCGCGCUCUCGCAUUCGCGUUCCAUUACCGCGCUACAGAAUAUGGAUCUCUAUGGCAGCUAUGCAACAUUGCCAUCGUCAGCAGCCGCCGCACCGUUGGACACACCACAACGCGCGUACUGUGCGCGUCAUUUGCCGGCUGCUGCUGCCGGUGGUGGUGGUGGCGUUGGCGCGAGUGUGAGUGGCAGUCACACAUGGCACCCGAGUCAGUAUGCGGCCGCAACACCUUGCUGUCAUCUGUACAAUGCCAACCAGGCAGCUGCGGCGCCUACAUGCAUGUAUGCUGGCGGUGGGUUGGGCCAUGCAUGCCAGCAGCAAGCGCCGCCAACGCACCCACACCAGCAGCAGCAACAACAGUAUCCACGCGCCGCGCUACUGCAUGACAGUCAUAAACCUUUGGUGCCCAACGGCUGUUAUUUCGGCUAUGAGCAUAACACGCAUUUGACCGAUGAGGAGGAUUCGGCAUUUCCGGGUUUCCACGACCGUGAAUUUCACAUGCUGCACCGAAAUAUACCGGCCUUGCGGCGUACUGGUGUUGACACGGCAGGAAUUAGACAGUAUUUCUAUCCGGAUGGCGGCUGGGGUUGGAUCAUAUGUGGCAUAGCCUUUUUGGUGCAUAUACUAACGACAGGUUUACAGCUGUCAAGCGGUCUAUUACUCUUUUAUGCCAUAGAACAUCUGAGAGACUCCAAUGGCAUUGAGUGGGUUGGUGCUUUAAACUGGUCAAUUUCUAUGUUACUAUCACCGUUUGUGAUCACAUUUUGUCGAAAGAAAUCGACGCGACUGAUGGCAGUGGUCGGUGGUCUAGUGCUGCCAUUAGGCAUACUAUUUACCUCCUUUGCAACGGAGUUGGGCCAAAUAUUUUUUAGUUAUGGUAUUGUUUUUGGUAUAGCUGUGGCCAUGGUUCGUGAAUCGUCCACAAUAAUGUUAGGUAAUUAUUUUAAGCGACGUAGGCAAUUUGUCGAAAUGGUCGCCAUGUCUGGCGAAGGCGUGGGCAUAUCGAUUUUCUCUGUGAUACUGCGAGAGGGUGUUGGCAAUGCUGGUUGGCGUGUUGGGCUCCAAAUUGUUGCUGGCCUCGUAGCGGUUAGUUUCUUUAUGGGUUUAUUAUAUAGACCUGCAUCACUAUAUCAUCCCCAACGGCGCGCCAUACAACAUUUGAAAAACCAGAGAAAAAAGAUGCAUGAGAACAAAUCCAGAGCUGUGGUCACAACAGAACAGAAAACAGUCCGUUAUUUAUUUAUCGACAUAUCACCCUUCAAAUCAACUAAUGUGAAAAUACUACUCGUAUCAGCUGCCGUGGCGGCGUUGGGCAUUUACACGCCCAUGAUCUCAAUGACCUUGACUGUUGCCAAGGAGGGCCCCGAUAUAGAAGACUUAGUACUGCUGCAGACUUUUUUAGGCGUCUCUACCACAAUCGGCGUAUUUAUAGCCGGUACAAUAUUGCGUAAGACUUUUAGAAUAGGUAGCUUUUUAAUAACCUCACAAAUUGUGUCUCAGGUAUUUAUUGCGUUGAUAGCGAUUUCGAUAUUGAGCCUGUCCUUCGUCGUAAGCUUUCGUUGGUUUUGUAUACUCGGCUGGAUGUACGGCAUUGGUUUCGGCGGAUUCCGUUAUGCCUUCAAAAUACUAACACUGGAUCGUGUUAAAGUGAAACAGUUCUCAAAGGCAUGGGGGCUCAUCAAAGGCGCUGAGUCCCUACCGGUGCUCAUUAGCAUACCGCUGACCAGUUUCCUGAACGAUUACUCACUAAAUUAUGGACGCGCUGGUUAUUUUAUUUGCUCAGCAGCCGCCGCUAUUGGUGGUAUUAUAAUAUUCUUCAUGACUUACUCAACCGUGGAGCAGGAGCUCAGCAGUCAGGGCAACAAUAAGAAGCAUGGCAAUGGUGCUCUACCGACGCUACGUCCAUUUCCACAAUACUGCAAACUGCAUGGCUUUCAUGAGCCCGUGGUGGACUUUAAUGUUUACAAUGGCUGUGAUUAUCCCGCGCCCGAUUUACUGAUGAGUCGCAGUUGUGUAAGCCUGAAUCAAGUGGAUUUCGAGAAUCUCUGUCGCAAUAAUGCCUACUGUGAUCGCUGGCGUAUGCCGAGCGUGCACAAAUUGCAAAACUGUGCGGUACACGGUGCGGGUGCGGCACGAGGCCGUGGCCAUAUGGCGGACAUGAGUCGACCGCAUAGUCCACACUAUGAUAUUGAGCAAGGUUAUGCGAGCAUGGGACGUAGUGUGGGCAAGCGACUGCAGAAGAGCUUGUCCUUCAUUCAAAAUCCAUAUUGCUGUAAUGGACAGUGGUAUUGCAAUUGCCAUGACAACUAUCAGUGGGCGCAGACGUCACCGAGAUCGCAUAUACAUCAACCGCUGCUAUGCACCUGCAAUCAGGGCUCCACGAACUAUUUGCAAAACUCGCGUAGUCGUAGCGUGCCUGAGGGUCUCUCCACCAUCGGCAAUCAGGUGUGCAGAUGCAAGACAACGGCAACCCCCGCAGCGACGACGACAUCGCGUCUCGGCUCUUCCACAGCCUUAUCACGUGAAGUUAUCUAUUUGCCGCGUCAUGAUCACGACUACGACUUCACGUGUCGGCAUCAUCAAAGGGGUGUUGGCGCAGCAGCGGCCACAGCAACGGCAGCGGCAGUCGCCGCUAUACACGGGGCCGCAACAACACCGCGCUACCGCCAUCGACGCACACAAUCGCUCUCCAAACCACUACAAUAUGUCGAACAGAUAACGACAUCGGUGUAGGCGAAUAAUUAAUAAAAAUUAGAUAGACGAAAGACAGUUGGUGCAAUAACUGUUACUAGGCAAAGGUUGAAGGCUGUGAAGAUGAUGCACGAGCGUUGAAAUUUUAAAUAAUUUAUUGAAUUUGUUUUAAGUGCUGAGCGUGGUGUUGGAAACCUAGUGAAAGUAACUGUUGGUAUUGACAAUUAUUUCCUUAGCUAGAAAAACUAGGUUCAAGCCACCGUUUUCUAAACCAGUGCUCCAAAGUCGGAGAAUUUCCUUGGAAGUCCCAUGCUUUAUUUGAAAAUAUAUGUAAACAUAUAAAUUUCGAGGCCGGAAAUGGAUUGAGAGAUCGUGGCUACAAAUAACCGAUCGGUAUAUUAAGGUCAUUUCCUUUCCUAGAGGUUCUGUCGGUAAAAACUUUUUGUGUUAUGUUUGUAACGCCGUACACUUGUCGCCGGAAUCUUCUAAGCCAAAUUUUUAUCGCCUUGGAGUUUCGAGUUUAGUCGUAUUUGGUUCAUCAGAGUCUAAAAAAGCAAAUUAUAUCCAAAUUUUUCAUUUCGGAAAUGUUUGGAGAUUGGACAAACUUUUGAAGACUGCGGAGUCCAGACUUACAUAAAAUCUUUCACGUAAUAAAUAUGUUGACUUUUCUACUUCUAAAGCAACCCUGCAAAUAUUUUUACGCUCAACAGGGUAUACAAAGUUUACCACGAAGUGUGUAACCCCUAGAAAGAAACUUCGGAUAAUCUAUAAAAGAUGAUGAACGUGACAAGCUGAGUUGAUUUAGCAAUGUCCGUCUGUUGUUCGUCUCUAUAUAGACGAGAUAUCGAUCUGAAAAUUUAGGCCUGUAAUUUUCUCACCAAGCAGCUCCUCACUUGUUGGAACGGCCGAUAUUGGACCAGUAUAGCAUAUAGCUGCAAUACAAACUGAACGAUCGGAAUCAAGUGCUUGUAUGGACAACUUUUUCAUUUGACGAGAUAUCUUCACGAAAUUUGCCAUGGAUUAUUUUUGAAGAAAAUGAAGUAACUCACCAAAAAAUUGUUCAGAUCGAGUGGCUAUAGCAUAUAGCUGCCAUACAAACUGAUUGAUCCAAGUGCCUGUAAGCAAUAUUUUUUAUUUGUGAAGGGUAUUAAAGCUUCAGUGCAGCCGAAGUUAAUGUGUUUUCUUGUUUAUGAUUGUUUAUUGUGCUCAAAAAAUAAUACAUAUGUGCUUUACUUUUUGAUAUCACGGUAUCUGUCAACGCACGUGGAUUGUCUACAAUGGCCUUGAACGUAGCAGGUAAAAGAUGUGCGUUGAAAAAAAUUAAAAAAAUAAAUUCUAAAAUUUUAAGCGAAGCAUGACAACAAAAAGUAUGCACCAAAUGCUUGCGGUCUACAUACUUACUGUACAGACAGUACAUACGAAUAUGAGCGUAUUUGUUAAAGAAGAUCUAAUUCACGAAUGUAUUUACACUUCUAGUCUCUUAGAAACUAUUAUUUCACUUUUCUCAACUCAGAACACAAAAAAAAUAAAGUAAAAUGUUGCUAAUGUAAUUUUAUAUAACGAAAUACAUACAUACAUAUAUACUUCUAAAGCUACAUAUAUAAGCCAGCAAAAAACUAAAAACUUGCAAGAGCGCAAUGAAUUCUACAAACUACAAAAAUAAAAAUAAAAAAUUAAAUACAAUUAUGUAUAAAUAGUUACGUACUUACAUACAUACACUUACAUAUAUACUUAUACAUACAUAGCUAUAUAUAGGCGCAAUGUACUUUUCGAGUAUUAUUAAUGAUGCAUUAGCAUUUUGAUAGUCAAUCAACUAACGGUAAGCAAGUGAGAGCAAAACUUUUACAACUACAUUUUUUACCUUCACCACUACCACCACCACCAACAACAAUGACCUAAACAAAAAACAAAAACAACACCACCACAACCCGUCACAUCACUGGACCCCACUUAGAGCCUAGUACCCCCUAAUGCCCCUAAGGAGUUUGAAAGCUUUAUCUCAAUAGUUUGUAUGUAUUUAGUAGAUAAAUAAAAAUUAUAAAUUAAAAAAAAACAUAUUUCAAAGCAUAAAACUAAAUAAAUUAGGUACGAAAAUUUAGAAAUAUGUUAUUGAAACUCGUAAAUUAUGAAUGAAUGCAGCGAGCUAUUAAAUCAAUGUUGUAUGUGUAUGUGUGUGUAGUUGUAGCAUAAAUAUUUAAGUAUUGGUUUUAGUCAAUUUAGUUGUAAUUAGGAAAAUGUGUGUGAAUGAAUAUGUGUGUGUGUGGUUUCAAUUGUGUGAUUGACCGGUGUUUUCAAAGUGUUGUAGUAAUAUUUGUAAAAGCAACAACAUUACAACAACAAUAAUUUUGCAUAAAGUGCGACGGAAAGCCAACCACACACAGCGCCACAAACCAACUGCUGAGUACAAAUAAAACAAACAAAUACACUGCGCGUCAACAAAUUGGUAUAAGCAGCUAACAGUGGAGGCCAAAAAUAUGAGUACGAAAAAAAUUAUUUUGGAAAUUUCUAAAUUUUGCGCUCAAUUAACGCUUUGGUGAUAAUAUUUUAUGAAAAAAAAAUAUUUUUGGUUUAUAAUUAUAUUAAUUAAAUUAGAAAAAAUUUUAAAAAUUGUAAAAAAUAUCGACAACAUUAAUAUUAUAUUAUA